CUGGUCACAAUCUCUCCCGUCCUGAAACCCCUGCCUCUUUGUAAAAAUAGGAUUUAGGAACCGAAACGCGGAAAUAAAGCAGAUUAAAUAACAACGAAAAUAUAUAUAAAUAUAUAUUUAAAAAAAAAAAACCCCACACAACAACAAAAGCGAUAUAUACAGUACAGAAAACGAUAGAAACACAGACGCUGGUAAUAUGAUACAGAAAGUAAGCGGUCACUGGUGCGUGUUGCUGGUUGCACUGUAGUCGUAUUAGCAACAGUCUGUGAUAAUAUAUUGCAGUUCAGAAUAUAUAUAUAUAUAUAUAUAUAUAUAUAUAUAUAUAUAUAUAUAUAUAUAUAUAUAUAUAUAUACACAGUUACACGUUCGGUCGGUUUUGUGUGAAAUGGAGGGGUUUACAAUUUGAUACGCGGAGAUGGCUGCGUCGAGGGAGGCAAUGCUGAGCUGUGUGUUAUUAUUAUUGUGGGCUGCAGCAGUCUGUGUGUGUCGCGAGGUCUUCCUUCCCCCGGGACCCCUGUAUCGGGUAGCAGGGUUCCCCCUCUCCCUGCCCUGCUCUGUCUCGGGGUAUGAGGGCUCGCGCACGCAGGAUUUUGAGUGGUUCCUGUACCGGAUGGGCUCGGGGGGGCACCCCAUAGGAGUGAUCUCCACGCGGGACAGAGGCUUCCCCUACGCCCCCUUCCUGGAGCGGGUGAAGGAGGGGGAGGUGAGGGUAGAGAGGGACAGCGGGGAUGCAGUCCGGCUGGUCAUCCAGAGGCUGAGAGCCGAGGAUCAGGGGACCUGGGAGUGCUACACCCCCAGCACUGACUCCCGAUACCUGGGCAACUACAGCGCCAAAGUCCCUGUCAGAGUGAUUCCGGACUCCCUCAAAGUUAACCACACCCCCACACCUCAGGCCCCUCCCUCUCGCUCCCUGGGUAGCCAAUCCCUACCAGAAGGGGUAGGGCUGGAGCUGACAUGCGCCGCCUCUGUCAAAUCAGAGCAGCACACCCACCUGUCGGUCACCUUCGUCGUGCAGGGAGGAGGCGGGGCAAGGGGUGUGGCCAGAGAAGGGGGGAGUGGUCACGAUGUGAGGGAUAUCAUUUCUAUUGGCCGGGAUCUGGGUGUGUACCCAGGGAGGGGUGGGGUUUAUGAGAGGCGGUAUGCGGAGGGAGGAGUUUCAGUGGAGAAGAGGAGGGGGCAGAGCGAGGAGGAGGGGGACUUCUACAGUCUCAGGAUAGAGUCUCUUCAGCCCUCGGACUCAGGAACCUAUUUCUGCAAGGUAUCCCAGUGGAUUCAUGACCCUGAGGGAAGCUGGGAGAGGAUUGCUCAGAGGACUGUGGGGCUGGGCAACGUCGUGGUGCAGCCGAUAACCGACUCCCUGUCAGUGUCAGUCUCUCCUCAGGGGGAGGUCUCUCUGCCUGCUGGCUCUCCUCUGAGCCUAUCCUGCGAGGUGGGCGGACUCAGCCCUGCCUCCCGCCCCUCAGUGCUGGUCCAGUGGCUGCGGGGACUGAGUGGGGGGGCGGAGCUAGCUGUGGCUAGGCUGGGCCCGGACGGGGUGGUGACAUGGGGCGAUGGUGAUGUCGUCCGGAGGGGCGGGGCCUCGUUGGAGAAGGAGGCAGAGGGGCGGUACACUCUGAGAUUUUACUCCGCCCAUCCAGCGGAUUCUGGCGUAUACCGGUGUGCGGUCAGCGUCUACACUGGUCAAGCUCCGCCCACUGGGACCCCCGCCGCCAGCCAGAGGUCAAGGGGGGUCAACGUCAGCCUCAGGACCAAAGCUGUGACAGUCACUGCACAAGCGGGACUAGCUCCGGGCCCGCCCCUGAACCGUGGCCACACCUUCUCAUUGUUAUGCAACAUCUCCAUAGCGAUGACAGGCCCCGCCCAGGCGGAGGUCAAGUGGCUGGUGAUGCCUGUGAGGGAGGGGGAGGAGGAGCCAGGCGAGGGCAGGCUGCUGGCUGUGCUGCGUCACGACGGAACCUCCCGUCUCUACAGCAACGGCAGUGAUGUCAGCGUGGACCGGCCCGCCCCCAGCUCCUAUAGGCUGAGGAUUCACAGGGCGGGGCAGGAGGACCAAGGACUGUACCGAUGCAAGGUGGAGGUCUGGGGGAUGGACCAGCAUGGGGGCUGGUUCAACACAGGGGCACACAGCCACUCCAAUACUGUCCGAGUCUACAUGUACUCACUGGCUUCGGAUCUCCUGUUCAUCCCCAUAAUUGUGGGCGUGGCCACCGCUGUCUUUGUGGGCGUGGUCAUCGUUGCCUCGGUAACCUGCUGCUUCAUGAACCGAUUGGCUAGGAAGGGCUCCCGGAAAUAGCAGGCGAGCGAGUCUUGCUUUUUACAGGGUAAUGAACUCUGACCUGGCCAGGAACUUUGACCUUCUGGUGACCCCUCCCACCCUGAACUCCAAGAGGGAAACUUAGCUGAUCUUGUGAAACUUUGACCCCCUGUGAAAAAGUGCCAGUUCAGUACCGUUACCUACAGAUGAUUGUAAAGUUAUAGUGUAGUUGUUUUUUUUUUUGUAUACAUUUUGUAUAGAUCUACUUUCGCAAUGAUGAAGGAGUCGCCAGCUCACUUUAUUUUGAAAUGCUGUUUAUCUGAGUACGAGCUGGGAGGUAGGGAUUGGACAUUUGGGUGUUUCUAUAUUUAUUUCCAGGCCCUCAUGUGUCGAUUCAAUGAAUCUUUUUGCGCUGUUGUUGCACUACACAUUUGGACGUCGAAUGCCACUGUUUUUAAAUGCGUUUGUAAAUGUGUUAGAAAAAAAGAAUGAAGAAAUAUUUUGUUUUUGUCUUGUUGUUGUGUUUUUAUUAUUAUUAUUACUGUUGUUGAAAAGGAUAUUGAUUGAAUGAAAUCUGGUAGCAAUUAUUUUAAACACAGUUGUACAAAAAAAAACUAUUAAAUAGACCAACGUGUUCAUCAAAGCUGACAUCUCCAUGAAAAAAUGUCUAAUUUUAUAACAGAAAUGUAGUCCUACUGUAUAUCUUCUGAGUGUUUAAAGUUAGGAAUGCACUAAUUUAAAAUAAAAAUCUUUAAAACAAA